AGAAAAUUCCUUUAAAUGCAUUAUCUUUAAUUUUUUUUGCUAAAAUAUUUUGAGAGAUAUUAGAAAUGGAGGAAGUAUUUCGUAUUGCCGUCGGGGCACACACACUGAAAGGCUAACCCCAUUGUUCCCCACAACCGCCUUUCAAGGUCAAUGAAGUGUUCUCCUUCAUCCCAGUCGCCUCACAGAAAAUCCAAAUGAAGUGCUAUUACUAAUGAAAUCCAAAGGCAGGUGGCCAGAUGACGGGAUCUGAUUGCAAAAUCAAUGGAAGUAAGAUCGUGCCUUGUAGAGGGAGUGGUAUAACAUAGUGCGAAGCCCGACAUUUGUUUCUUCCCACCUCCAAAAAUCAACUGGUGGUGCCUUCCUACUUCAGACAGCCAUAUCUCAUCCGAGGUAUUUUCUGAGAAUGGGCAAAUGUGAUGAUAUCGAGCUUGUGGAGGCAAAAUUUCCACCCUUUCGUGAUCUUGCAUCCAGUUGUAAUGGAUUAGUGCUGAUGGUUCAUUUAAAUUGCAGAGAGUUGCAUGUUAUUAAUCCUGUUUUAAAGCAGCAGCUAACCCUCCCUCCACACCCUAAUAAUUUUGUCGCCAGGAAAUUCAGCAAUCUUGUAUAUGCUGCUGCAUCUGGAGUGUACAAAGUGGUAGUUUGCACUAGCUGGGGUUGUCCAACUGUAUUAACUGUGGGGGAUAAGGAAUGGAGACCCCUUCAGAGAAGCUGCUUACUUAAUAGUAUUGUUGGCAAUUUGUCUAUAAAUCGCCCUUUAUCCCUGGGAGGUUUUCUUUACUGGGUUUCAGAGUGUGCCGCAUUUGUCAUAAGCUUUAACGCUGAAGCUGAGACAUUUCAAGAGAUUCCGUUUCCACAAGGCUGCACGAGUGGGUCUCCAGUGACAUUGAUAGAAAUGGGGUGCUUUCCUUGCCUGAUGCGGUGGAAAGAAACAUUGAUAUGGGAGCUCUGGGUGUUGAGGGAUAAUGAAAAUGCACGGUGGGAGAAGACGACGUCGGAUGUUAAUUUACGGGGUCAGAGCAGUUUGAUCAAAGUUUAUACUGAUCGUGACAGAUGUUUUUUCCUGCCUUUGGGAUGGUUGAAAUGUGGCGAGCUGAUGGCAUUUCUUGCACCAUCAGGACAAUCAAGAGUCAUAGUUUACAGUGUCAGUUUGGGGAAAAUUCAUUCCAUAUUACUGAUGGAACCCAGAAUGCAUUAUUGCAAUGCUUUUUUCGUUCCUCAUGUCAAUAGCUUGGUGUCCCUCAGCAACUAUUGCUCCAGUUGUUGAUUCAAGCUUUCUUACUGUUUUAUGAAUAUUAAUUUAUUUGACAAACUUCUAGCUAGAGUUCUUGUACUCUUGAUUUUCUUGCCUUCCCUGGUAGUGCCUAAGAACCUCCAAUGAAGACGCGGCGAUAAGAACAUUCCAGAUGACUUGAACGAUUGUCCGUUCAUACAGAACUCUGGCCAUGUCAGUCAAGAUGAGUUUCAAGACACAAUUCAAGCCGAAUGCCAUUUUACUAGGCCUAAGGUUGAUGGACAGAAUAAUUGUUUGAAUGAUGGUGCAUAUGUGAAUAUGAAAUCCUUAUGAAGUAAUAAGUUUAUGGGUCAGUGGUGAAUAAUUCAACGCAGUCCUUGAUGUAGCAGUAUGACAGUAGGUACUGCUCUUAUAUGCUCUCUAAGUAGGGGAAGCAUGAAAGUGGAAGCAUCCCUUGGAGAUUCGAUCAUCUGUAUUUUUUUCAAAUCAGUUGCCUCUUCAUCUAACUCUAUAGUCUCCUUAUUGCCUGACAUUAUCACAAUUGAUCAUCACAUUCAGGCUAACAACAAGCAUUUGUAAUCCAUUUCUGAUAUUCCUAACUACUUCCGUU